GAAAAUGGAGGCACCGAGGAACAAGCUGUGCCGCCACCAAGAGAACUCGGCUCCGCGAAAUGGCGGUGCCGGGACUUUGCGAGUGACGCCAGCCGGAGGAGUUCCCAAGGACAACAUCCGUUUUGGCGCAACCAACUGUGUUGUCACGGAGAAAAUGUCGACCCUCGGAAAAGAGAAGUUCUGCGACCGAGAAAUUCGGUGCAACAAGUGCUGUGACAGAAACCCUCCCCCCGGCUCGGCGCUGUUGGCGAAAGAGCCAACAAAACGCUGCGUGCUGCCACCGUGACACCGACUUUAGGACACAGGCCUCGGAUGGAGAAAGGAAGAGCACGGAGCCACCGCCUAACUUCCUAAUGUCUUCAAAUAGCGAAAGUGCUAACCGGAAACUGCCGGCUGGGUUUACCUUUUGGUGUUUCGCGUGGGACCAGCAGAUUCCAGAAACCAGAGGGACUGGAACCUAGUACACUUCGGCAAUUAGGAAAUGACCUACCAGGACAAAUAACUGCUUCUGGCUCCAUGGUGCUGCCCGUGAACAUCCGCCGGCUCUGAGAAACGAGCUGCACUGUCAAUGAGAAACCGUGGACACUGAGAAAGGAGCGGGCUGCAACUGAUAACUGCCCACCCAUUGCCACUAGGACAAAGUGCUGCCGGCACUACUCCCACCCUCCGUCCUCAAAUCAAUCCUCUCCCGCUUAAGAAGACCUUUAUUUUUCAUAGCGAAGUCAUACCGAGGGCCCCAGCAACCGACCCCUUGCGAUGUGCAUGGGAAAAGGAGGCAGUAUAGCGAUCGAGAAUCGGGCGGAUUAGGCUGGCCCUGGAAACAAAGUAAAAGCCAUCCGGGUCGCCAGCCGUCUUCCACUGCAAGAAACAAACCUUCCAGUGGCUGAGCUCCGCCCUUCUCCUUGGUCAGAGCCCUCCAAACUCCUAAGGGGAAGCCGACACCUCAUCCCUUUGGAAUUUGAAGCUCUCAGUCCAAGACCUCAGUGGAGAGUGAAAGACACAAUGCCGCCUGACCCAGGCUUCAGGCCUGCCCGGGCAGCUAGGUACCUCUCCAGGGGAUGGAACUCUGUGGGAACUGCUAUUUAAUUCUGAUGGUUAACUCUGUCAGAUGGCCUUGAUAUAUGGGAAUAAUCGUUGGAAGAGAGUAGAGGAAAUAAGAACCGCAAGACUCUAGCACAGGACGUGUGGAUUGAUGGAAGCCUGAAACUGCCAUUGAGCAGAAGGAAAACAUCCCUUUCCAGAACCUUUCUCGUUUCUCUAAAAAUCUGCACUUUUGGAAGUGAUCCCCCAAAGAGACCUCCAGACUCUACCAUGAGUGUCUCCAGCUGAAUUCAUCAUGUCUAAUCCUCACCCUAGCUUAUCCUGUUCAAAUCAUUUCCAUCAUUUUCUGGAUGAAUCUGGGCGGAUGUCAGACCAGAGAAGAGCACAAAAUGCACCAGAGAGCAGCCCGAUGGCCAUGGAGGCUGAAGAGACGAUGGAAUGCCUUCAGGAGUUCCCUGAACAUCAUAAAAUGAUCCUGGACCGAUUGAAUGAACAGCGAGAGCAGGACCGCUUUACUGACAUCACCCUAAUUGUCGACGGACACCAUUUUAAGGCUCACAAGGCUGUUUUGGCUGCUUGUAGUAAGUUCUUCUACAAAUUCUUUCAGGAGUUUACCCAAGAACCUUUGGUGGAGAUAGAAGGUGUUAGUAAAAUGGCCUUUCGCCAUUUAAUUGAGUUCACAUAUACAGCAAAAUAAUUGAUACGAGAAGAAGUCAAUGAUGUAUGGAAAGCAGCAGAGUUUCUACAAAUGCUAGAAGCUAUCAAAGCCCUUGAAGUCAGGAACAAAGAAAAUUCAGCUCCAUUAGAGGAAAAUACCACAGGAAAAAAUGAGGCCAAAAAAAGGAAGAUUGCAGAAACUUCAAAUGUUAUCACUGAGUCAUUGCCAUCUGCAGAAUCAGAACCUGUUGAAAUUGAGGUAGAGAUUGCCGAAGGCACCAUUGAAGUGGAAGAUGAAGGCAUCGAAACAUUAGAGGAAAUGGCUUCUGCCAAGCAAUCCGUAAAGUACAUACAGAGCACAGGUUCCUCUGAUGAUUCUGCUCUAGCACUGUUGGCAGAUAUUACCAGCAAGUACCGUCAAGGUGACAGAAAAGGGCAGAUAAAAGAAGAUGGCUGUCCAUCUGACCCCACGAGCAAACAGGAACACAUGAAAUCACACUCCACUGAGAGUUUCAAGUGUGAAAUAUGCAAUAAACGGUAUCUUCGAGAGAGCGCAUGGAAACAGCACCUAAAUUGUUACCACCUUGAAGAAGGUGGAGUCAGUAAGAAGCAAAGAACUGGGAAAAAAAUUCACGUAUGUCAGUACUGUGAGAAACAGUUUGACCAUUUUGGACAUUUUAAAGAACAUCUUCGAAAACAUACAGGUGAAAAACCUUUUGAAUGUCCAAAUUGUCAUGAACGAUUUGCUAGAAAUAGCACUCUUAAAUGUCACCUCACUGCAUGCCAAACUGGAGUAGGGGCAAAAAAAGGAAGGAAGAAACUCUACGAAUGCCAGGUCUGCAACAGUGUGUUUAACAGCUGGGACCAGUUCAAGGAUCACUUGGUGAUACACACUGGAGAUAAACCCAACCAUUGUACUUUAUGUGAUUUGUGGUUUAUGCAAGGAAAUGAAUUAAGGAGGCAUCUCAGUGAUGCUCACAAUAUUUCAGAGCGUCUAGUAACAGAAGAAGUUCUUUCAGUAGAAACACGUGUGCAAACUGAACCUGUAACAUCAAUGACUAUUAUAGAACAAGUUGGGAAGGUACAUGUGCUACCAUUGCUUCAGGUUCAGGUGGAUUCAGCACAAGUGACUGUGGAACAAGUCCAUCCAGAUCUGCUUCAGGACAGCCAGGUGCACGAUUCACACAUGAGUGAGCUUCCAGAGCAGGUCCAAGUGAGUUAUCUAGAAGUGGGCCGAAUUCAGACUGAAGAAGGUACUGAAGUACAUGUAGAGGAGCUGCAUGUUGAACGGGUAAAUCAGAUGCCAGUGGAAGUACAAACUGAACUUCUAGAAGCAGACUUGGACCAUGUGACCCCAGAAAUCAUGAACCAAGAGGAGAGAGAGUCUAGCCAAGCAGAUGCUGCUGAGGCUGCCAGAGAAGAUCACCAAGAUGCUGAGGAUUUAGAGACCAAGCCAACAGUGGAUUCUGAAACUGAAAAGGCCAAGAAUGAGGACAGAACAGCUAUGCCAGUUUUAGAAUGAAAUUACACAUGAAUAUAUUUUUAAAUUUACUUGUUGGGUUUUUGAACUGAUUAUGGGCAGUAUGACUGUCCUUAAGCCUAACAGACAAGUGGACCAAAGUUAAGCUGUUUCCUGUUGUGCUGAACUGUUUCUGUUGAAACACAUUGAUUCCCCUCCCCCUACUUAAUGCCACAGAGGAGGGAUCUUUUCCAUAACUGAAGGGGAGUUUUGAGAAGUAUAUUUCUGGAAACUUAAAUGGAUUAUAUUCUUAUUAUAUAGUUGGGUACGAAUGUAUCUAUUUUCAUUGUGGUAAAAGUUCUUCCUUUUCUCUUUCCCAGGUCAUGUUCUUCCUCAAAUUGUUUCCAUAUUGUAAAAUCAAACUUAAAUCAUUAGAAUACAAGUGUAUGUAUUCUAAUGCAUGUUAGAAAAUUGAAUAAUAUAGGAAACACAAGGCUGCAUGAUGAAAAGUGCAUUGUUACUGUGCAGUAAAUUUUGGCUUCUGGCUUUCUUUAGUUUGAACAAACGUUCUUGUCUACCCCAGUAGUCACAGAUGCCAUCUCUGCAACAGAAAGAGUGGUGGUGGCAAAAGUUCUAGAAUGUUUAAAAAAAAAAAAAAAAAAACACACCCAUGUGCCUUCUGAAAACCAACUAAACUUCUAUAAAGCAUCUCUGGUUCUUCAAAGUUUGUGUUGUAAGGAGCAAUGUAGAUGAUGCUAUAAUACUUUAUAUUUUUGCUUAUAAUGACAGCCACCAGUUCUUUUUCACUUAGGUUGAGAAAUUUUAUUUAAUGGCCACUGAAGGGCCAUUUUCAAUUGGGAAAAUGUAUUUACAUCUGUGGUAAACUUUAUUUUGAUGAAAAGUUGCACUAGUAUUUUACCACCAGAUGAAAAAAAGAUGAGCAGCAUUUAAAAAUUAAUGUAUUUAAAAUAAAGUACAGAGAAAGACAUGUAUAUAAUUAUCAGGCUUUGUUUUGAAUGGAAUCUUUUCCCCCGAUCCUUAAUGUAAAGAUCUUGUGCUAUAACUUUUAAAGCCAUACAAAUAAGAGUGCUAAACUGUGGACUUAAAAGUAGGUGUGUAAAUAUUUUUAAUCAGUAUUACUUGGAAAAUAAAAUAUAACAAACACGUAAACCAAUAUGCUAUUUUCUUUACCUGUUAAAUAUUAGGAGUUCUUUACAUUUUUUAAGUAAAGUUUAAAAUUAUGUG